AUGCUAUUUGGUUUGAUAUCUAUUAUAACAUUGGUUUUUUUUGUGGCACCAUUAUCAUCAUCUAGACUAUACGAGUUAAAAGCUGGGACAAGAGGUCCAGUCGAUAAACUUGUUGGACAAAAAUUUGUACGCAAGAGGGCCUUUCCGAUGAAGUUCGCUACAGCGAUGGUUACUUUGAGAACUUGGAGAAAUGAGACAAUUUUUGAGAUUCUAGCUACAGAUUUAAAAAUUAAUGGAAAAGGAGCUGUUAUCACAAUACUUAGAAAUGGUUUAGGAUACAAAGAUGUCACUUUGAAGCUGAGGAGUCAAUGGUGCAAUGGAAUAGAUUAUCACAUCAGGUUGUAUGGUCACUUCGUCAAUGAAACAAUCUCUUAA